AUGGCUGCGGCCGACGGCGAGCGCUGGCGCGACCUGGACAUGCUCCUGACCCGCCAGGGCAAUGUGGUCGGCCCCAACUUCCAGCCCGGAUCCCACAUUCGCGAAUUUCUGGCGGACUGCCGGGUGCUGCUGGUGGGCGCCGGCGGCCUGGGCUGCGAGGUGCUGAAGGACCUAGCGCUCUCCGGCUUCGGCAACAUCGACGUGAUCGACAUGGACACGAUCGACGUGUCCAACCUCAACCGGCAGUUUCUGUUCAGGAUGCAAGACGUUGGGAAGCCAAAGGCAGAGAUUGCAGCAGCCCGAAUAAAGGAACACGUCAGUGGCAUCACUGUUACUCCGCAUUUCUGUCGCAUCGAAGAGAAGCCCAUCAGCUUCUACGAAGAUUUCUUGCUGGUCGUGCUUGGGCUGGACUCGAUUGAGGCCAGGAGAUACAUGAACUCAGUAAUGUGCAGCUUCCUCCAGUAUGAUGACGAAGGCAAUCCAGAUCCAGCCACCAUAAAGCCAAUGAUUGAUGGUGGGAGUGAAGGUUUCAAGGGCCAUGCAAGGGUCAUCCUUCCUGGCCUGUCUCCCUGCUUCGAAUGCACACUCUGGCUGUUUCCACCUCAGACAAAAUUCCCAUUAUGCACCCUUGCAGAAACGCCAAGAAAUCCAGUGCACUGCAUAGAGUAUGCCAAGCUCGUGCUGUGGUCACAGCAGCGACGAGGUGAGGAGUUUGAUCCUGAUGUUGAGGAGCACAUGCAAUGGGUCUUCAAGAAGGCAACUGAGAGGGCGAACUUGUUUGGAAUUCAGGGAUUCACUUUUCAGUUCACCCAAGGCGUCGUGAAGAACAUCAUACCAGCAGUAGCCUCCACGAACGCAAUCGUCGCUGCUGUCUGUUCGCUGGAGGCUUUGAAGAUGGUGACGGCAUGCAGCACGGGAAUGAGCAACUACAUGAUGUACAUGGGUGGCGAGGGCAUAUACACCCACACGGUUGCUUAUGAGAGGGACCCAGAGUGCCUUGUGUGCAGCCCUGGCAUUUCGUUUCCUUGCCGACGAGACAUGACCCUGCAGCAGGUGAUCGACAUCAUCAAGGAAGACGAGAGGCUGGGCACCGGGCUGGAGGCGCCCAGCCUCAGCUGCGGCUCAACCAACCUCUACAUGCGAGGGGUCUUGGAAGAGGCGACGCGACCAAACCUGGAGAAGCGCAUGGGCGAGCUGGUGCCGGAGGGCAGCGUGCUUCAGGUGAACGACAAGAAUCUCAGCAGGACGAUCAGGCUGCGUUUAGCCUACAAGGACGGUGUGGAUGAGGACAUGCAGAUAUGA